AAUGCCCCUGAAAGUCGGAAGGCGGAGUCAAUCACAAGGUCUGUUGUUUUUGUUCGCUGCGGUCGAGUAAUACAGAGAAAAUACAGUUUAGGUUUUAAAACAGCAACAAAAUAACGAUACCAAACCUAGGCCUCAGAUCGGCGCUUAUUGAGCGACUGAUCUCGACCAGCUGUAUCUUUACCUGACAGGAAAAUUUGAAGGGGAUGCUGCUGCGGAGAGAAACAUUAUUUUUUAUUCGCCCCUCGGGUAUUUUGUUUCGGUUCGGUGGGUGCUCUGAAACUGCGACGAGUUUUUUAAUACAACAAGCCUUCCAGCAAAGUGGACGAAUACAACGACCGAGUCCGCCCCGACACACUUCGUUCUGAAACAGAACCGAACCGAACCGAACCACAACUAUCUCACCCGGAAUCAUUUGCCGAAACAGAUAAAACAACAAUAUUAUUCCAUGCAUUGUCCCAACGUAAUUUUCAACCGAGGAACCACCAUUUACAUUUCUACAAGCGCUUAAUUACUGUGAAGAAGUGCUGAGUGAUCCCAUCCAAACAUGAAACUCCUGGAGAACUCGAGCUUUGAGGCCAUCAACUACCAGCUGUGCAUUGAGACUGGGGACUCGAACAUCAUCGGCAGGAUCGAGAGCUACUCCUGUAAGAUGGCAGGGGAUGACAAGCACAUGUUCAAGCAGUUCUGUCAGGAUGGUCAGCCCCACGUCCUGGAGGCCCUGUCCCCCCCUCAGACCAGCGCGGUCAGCCCCAGCAGAUUGAGUAAGAGCGGUGAGGAUGCAGAGAGCCCGCUGAGUGAUAAGUGCUGCAGAAAGACUCUGUUCUAUCUGAUCGCCACACUCAAUGAGUCCUUCAGACCAGACUACGACUUCAGCACGGCCAAGAGCCACGAGUUCAGCAGAGAACCCAGCCUCAACUGGGUGGUGAAUGCAGUGAACAGCAGUCUGUUUUCGGCAGUGGGGGAGGAGUUUAACAACUUGAAGCCUGAGCUAUGGAAUGCUCUGGACCAGGAGAUCUGUCUGCAGGAGUGUGACAUCUACAGCUAUAACCCUGAUCUGGACUCCGACCCCUUUGGAGAGGAUGGCAGCCUCUGGUCCUUCAACUAUUUCUUCUACAACAAGAAGCUGAAAAGAAUCGUCUUCUUCACCUGUCGCUCAGUUAGUUUCAUGAGCGGGUGUGGUCGGGACAGCCUUGGAAACGAGUUGGACAUGGAGCUGGAGGACGAGAUGGAUGACGAGACAGACAACUUUGAGGAGGACAGUUUCCAUCAGGCGGUGUGUGUCUAGCGAGAUGGAGUCACCCCCCCCCCCCCAUCUCUGAGGGAGUGAGACCCUCUCUACAGGAGAGCAGCUCAUCACCAGAAACUUUGUCUCUCUCCCUGUCUAUCUUCAUCUCAGGCACUGCAAUUGUACAGCAUUCUCGCUUACUCGCCAGGACACAGUGGUUUGUUUUGUAGCCUUCCGCCCAGCAAUAACUCUGAAAUGGGAGACCAGUUUCUAUAUGGGACUUUAAUCCAGCGCAACACUUUGGAUUUCCUGCAUGGGCAUCUCUUUCUCUUCUGAAGCAGCUAAUGACUAUCCAGAUCCUAGGAACUGUGACUCCUAACUCGUAGAAACAGAGACAAAGCAAAUCCUGGAGACUCAUGGUCUAAACAAGACUUUUGGAUUUGUCAGGGUUAAUUACUGCAGUAGUACAUCCUCAAGACAGGAGCAAAGGAUUGACAUCACAUCACACUUUUAGGGCAUGCAGUCUCUUGGUACUGUUGCUCUACACCACCAAUUUAUGAGCUUAGCAAUGUUCACAUUAAUUGUCUAUUGCAGAUUAAGUGAUUUAUCCGUAAACAUGUACAGUAAGUUGAUUAUCUGGUCAGUGUGGCUCACAAGAAAACAUGAGAACGAGAAGAAACUCGUUGGCCCAGCAGUACUCGUCCGCAGAAAGUUGGAGGUAUCCAUUCUUCUGUCUGGAUGUCUGCUCCGGUUUCCACAGCAGGGGUAUGUUUUUAUUUUAUUUUUUUAAUUGGGGUGGAAAUUGUCUGAUGUUUGAGCAGGAUCCAUAGUUAAUCACGUGUGCGUUCUGUGAAUCUCUCCACAAAUCUGGAACUUAUUUUGAGACCUCUGUCUGCAGGAGUGUUUAUGAGAUGGAUGCAAUAUUAUUAUUAUACAAGACUGGAGAGCUCUGCCGGCAGAUCCAAGAGACUGUCCCUUCAGAGAAGGAGUGUUUUAAAGCCAGAUCCUAUUUCAAUAUGCCCAGCGAGUUCUCCGUGGUACUGGCAGCUAUGACAACAAGGAGCCGGCAGCAUUCAAUGAUUUUAAAGGACUCUUCUUGCUUUCCGUUAAACCAAUAAACGAGACUUCUUAUUCUUUAUAUUUUCUGGUCUCUGCAAAGUGGUGACGCUGGUGGCACUGCACUGAGCUACUGUGUUUAUUUUAUUGUUUGCUUUAUCUAAUGUUUUAGGUCCAGGUGUGAUUGUAAGCUAGGAGAGGUCGGUGUGAAUGGCACAAAAAUAACUGAACUGCAGCCUUGCAGGCCUGGCAGGUUUUAGAAGAGUUUUUGCACCUACCAGAGUGACAAAUUCAAACAAACACUGCAGCCUUAAAGUGAGUGUAGCUAACAAAAGCAUUCCAUUCAUCUUGCCUGCUGUGAACUUCCAUUCAUUUCAAAUGUGUAUUUUUGAAAGAAAUGCGUGUUUUUCAUUUAAAAAAACACCAAUACUACAUUAGGUUAAAGAAAGUUAUCUGUUUCUGCACCUUAUUUUCAGGAAAUCUGUUGCACUUCUUGGGUCAUUUCACCUCAGCAGUGAUGUUACUGGCUAAAAGCAUGUCAGUCAAAGGGGAAAACAGCUGGCUGGUAAUGACCUCAAAGAAGCCAUUGAAAGGGUGGGGGUAAUUUUACACUUCAGGUGAAAUUACCAAGCAAGUGCAACACUAACUGAAACCAUGGCUUGCAAACGUUUCUUUAAUCAAGUGUAGUACCAGAUAUGAUUUAAAUAAGAACAUGUCCCGUAACUUUCUAACUGCACACUUAAGACCUGUGUAGCUAAGGAAGUGCACAGCAGGUAAGAUCUAUGGAAUUAUUUGAACUAAAUCACUUUAAAUUGCCCUCCUAAUAUUUGGUGGUAAUGGGGAAUGUGCUGGUUACAGUUUUGUUUGUAUUCCAUUUAUUAUAUGGUUUGGAUACUUAGACUCCUGUUGCCCUGCAGUUUCAGCCAUCGCAUCUCGGAGACAGACCUAGAAAUACUUCAAACUACUAUUUAUUUAUUGCAUUUAUACAGCGCAUUUUAUACAAAAGUAUCACAAAGCACUGUAUGACAGUGCAGCUCCUUGCAAUAGAAAUGAAUGGAAUGUUUUUCAGUGUUUCAGCCUGGGCUGCAUUUGUUUUGUUUUUUUAUACAUUUUUUCAAAUGCAUACGUGAGGAAUGAUUCCUGAUAAAAUGGGGCACUGGUGAAAUAGAAGAUGCUCUUCAUUGAGUAAGCAGCAGUGUGUGAGUAAAUUUUAAACAAGCAGCAUUUGGGCAAGUACAGUAUAUUAUAAUAACCUCAUUUUUAACGUUUGAAUACCGCAUAACUUUUGUGUUUGCCUUUCUUUUUAGAAUGGAGGUUUCUGCAUUGAUUUUGUUUGGUUUGUUGUAAUCUUAUAGGCCGUUCUGUUUUGUUCUCUUUUUAAUCUGAUGGUACAUGAAUGAAUAAACUCAGAUGUAACUUUC